UAGCUGAUAAGAAAUGUAAUCGAUAGUAACUAUGACUUAAUUAACACUUCCAUAUUCCAAUGUUUCUUAAUUGUUAUUUACAAUAUGGACCGAAUAAUGGAUGAAAGCAUGCUGAAGAAAUGGCAGAUGGUUCGAAAAUGGGGCGGAGGGAUUUUGUUUACGAUGUCUCUUUUCUUUUCCGCACUGCUUGGUUUCGUGGUCCUGAGCCCAGUGUACAUUAUCGGGUUUGCUUUGCGGCUUCAGUGUGGCCAGUGGAUUUACGACACCAUCAUAAGCACGUGGUUCGCGUUCGCUGUCGGCGCGUAUGAAGUCAUUUACGGCGUCCGCAUCGUCAUACAGGGUGACGUCAGAGCGAUGAGCAAAGACAAGUGCUCGCUGAUCGUGAUGAAUCAUCGUACACGAUUGGACUGGCUGUUCUACUUCGCGGUUCAGGCGAGGUACUCUUCUCUGCGAAGGUUCAAGAUAUCUCUAAAGAACGAACUAAGGCACAUUCCGGGAGCUGGUUGGGCGAUGCAGGCAGCGAAAUUCUUAUUUCUGAAACGUAGAUGGUCCGUGGACAGGGAUAAGAUCGUAGACUAUCUAAGCACGUUUGCGAGCUACGGAAUGAGUCCUCAGCUGCUGUUGUUCCCAGAAGGUACGGAUUUCCAGCAGGUGAGUCGUCAAAGAAGCCGACAAUACGCGGAGCAGAAUGAACUGAGUGACUACAGCCACGUUUUGCAUCCCCGGACGCUUGGUUUCACGUCUGUUGUUGGAUACAUGAAAGAAUACAAUAAACUGGAUCAAAUCAUAGAUGUCACCGUGGCCUACCCUGAAAAUGUACUGCAAACAGAGACCGCAUUGAUUACCGGAGACAUUCCUCGCGUCAUUGUAUUCAUAAUCAAUUGUUUCGACAUUGAUACAGUUCCAACUGAAAACGAGGCUCGUCUUGCACAAUGGCUCGAACAUCGUUGGAGACUUAAAGAAGAAACACUGAAGGAGUUUUAUGUGUACAAAGACUACUCGGGAGAAAACGGUUUGACCGCGGAGCAGAACCUGGAGAUUGAAAGGGACACGAAGCUGUACCUUGUCGCAGCCCUGGUGUUUUGGGCUGGACUAUGCUUGAGCUGCGUAUGCCUCCUGUUGUUGUCUCACGUGUUUCGGGUGUGUGUGCUAUGGGGAUUAUUGAUAUGUUUGCUCGUGAGCUCGUUUGUCGGGUUUGACACGUUGUUUAAUAGUUUGGCGGUGUUUCCGGACAUGUAACUUCAAAUAGGUUGAUAUUGUCAUGCUUCACAUAUUAUGUUACGAAAAAAAUGUGCCUUUUCAAAACAGGUUGAAAAUAGAUACAAUCGAUACGUAAUAAGAUGAAAUAAGAUAAAAAAGCACUGGUAUAUUUGAUAUUUAGAUAGCUAUUAUUAACAUGUUUUAUACAGAAUCAAUGUAUCAUACGCAACUGAAUUUAAUGCUGCGUGUGCGGUAUAGGCUGGCAAUGGGUUGUGAUUUGGUACUAUUGUACUUUUAAGGGGUUCAUAUACGUGUUUGUCCGACCGAUACCUCGUUAAAGUUGAACACAAGUUAUGUCUUCCUGUCAGUUCAAAAAGAUUGAACUUUUAAGGUGCUACAUGUAUAGUGUGUAAUCGCGUUGUAGUUUACGAGAACUAGGUCUUUAUUCAAAUGCUAGUAUGUGCCAAGGCACGUAGCUUAUUCGAAUGAUAACUACAUGCAUAACCCAUAUGCUGCAUGUCUUUUUUUAUGUGUUUGUAAUUUGUAUCACGCGUUUGUUACACUCGCAAACUUGCGAACUAUAAAGUAACUCGGCUAUAUUAAUUCGCUAUGCCUAUCCUUUUGUUAUGCAACAUUUUAUAAAAAUGCAAUAGUGCAGAAUAGAAACUAUUGAUGCAUAUUCUUAUUUAAAGAUUGAUCUCGAUACGCACCGUUCAUCUUAGUGGCAAUGGUUUGAAUGUUAAGACUGGAAAAGUAACUUGUUUAUCAUGCAUGCGUUUGUUUGUUGACCAGUUUAUCCUGCUUUCGAUACACAUGUUAUCUAUAUUAAAUUGUUAUCUAUGUUG